CCAAAUAGAAUAUGCAUGGACCAACAAGAAAACAAUAAUGAAACAAGUGUAACAAAAUGUGAUGGAAGCAUAUAAAGUCUUUAAUAAUGAAUUUAGAGACAAUAAAUACACAUGUAAGUGACCAAAUAAAGAAUAGAAAAAUUAAAAACCACAUGUCAUUGACUAAGUAAGUAAUUGACACAAUUUAAAAUAUAAUACCACCCUUAAAUUUGGAAUAGAUAAUAAUAAACAUGCAAAUUAAAUAACAAUAAUGAAUGAGAAUAACUUACUAUGAACUUGUGGGGAAAUUGAGGUUGAUAGAUGUUGAGAAAAAUAUGAGCAUUAUGUUUUGUUUUGGAGAGAUGUUGAGAAACAAGGGACGGCAUGGGACUAUUUGAUUUUAUUUGUAUAUAUAGAAAUAGGAUUACCUAACUAUAUGUAUAGAAAUAUGACUAUAACUAAUUAGUUAGGUGAGUGGUUGAAUGGUGGGGUGAAUGAGUAAGUUGAAAUGUGGUGAAUAGUUGAAAACUUGAAACUUGAAAACCAGCUCGCAUGUAGUGUAUUAUAUAUAUUAGAUUACAUAGUUUAUAAUAACAAACUUAUGACCAGCGUGGUGGUUAAGAGGCUGCAAUUUUCGGAGGGGAGCUGGGUUCGAGCCCCAGCGUGCGCAAGAGAGUGAGUGAGUUAAUUGUUUAAUUUUUGAAAGUUCAUAUCGCGAUAUUAUUGCGAUAUUAUCGAUAAUAUCGCGAUAUAUUGACCAUUUGAAGUUACCAAUUGAACGAAAAUAUCGUAGCCGAAAUAUCCUUGAAAUUAUUGAGGAAAUUAUCGAUAUAUUGACGAUAUAUAGAUGAAUUUGUGCGAAAAUAUCGCUGGACAAAAAAAACGAUCGAUUUUUAAUACUGUGGUAAUGACAUAGUUUUGGUAAUAUUAAGAAUUCAGUUUGUUUGAACACUUACAAUUUUACAAUGUAGAUGGGAUUUUAACAAUCGGUUCUAGCCAACUAAUUUAUUGAACACUUACAAUUUUACAAGCCAAACUAUCUAGUUCUAGCAUAGAUGUAAUUUUAUUUUUAUUUUUAUUUUUAUUUUUAUGGUGCGUUUGAGUUCAUAUUGCUUUCGGUCUAAGUGAAGAACAGGAGUUUGACAAUGUCUUCUUGCUUUAAGAUCAUGGUUCUUUUAUAUAACCAUAACCACUCUUCCAACAGCACAAAUUUUCAAUUAUUUACUUAUUUAUUUUCUAGUCAACACGGUCAACAGGGGGAAGUCACUUGCAUUUUGUUCUUUCAGGAAUUACAAAUGAUUCCAAGGGCCCAUCUAUUGAUACCUUCCGGUCUACUACCUUUCCCAUUUUAAAACGCUUUGGAGUUCCCUCAGAAGGAUUGGAGCUGGAAAUAAGGAGUCAUGGAUGCGCUCCUAAAGGCGGUGGUGAAGUCGUUGUGGCAAUCCCAGUUGUUCAAAGUCUUGAAUUUUGAAAAUACAAUGGUACAUGCAGCUCGAGGAGUCUUUCAUCCCUUCCUUCCAGAUGUUCACAUAUUUACUGACCAUAGAGCUGGCCCACAAGCUGGAGAGUCACAUGGUUAUGGAAUGUCACUAGUUGCAGAAACAACCUCUGGCUGCUAUAUCUCUGCUGAUACAACUAUAUUUCUCAUGCACGAGGGGAACACAUAUCUGAAGUUGACUAUGAGAAGAAAGAGCUGGUGCCUCCAAAGGAUGUUGGUUUGAAAAUUGCUUCUGUUCUGCUUGGGGAGAUUGGGCAGGGCGGAGUGGUCGAUUCAAAUCACCAGGUUAGUUAUUUUUAUGUAUUGUGCUCCUUCCCUACCAACUUAAUUCUCGUACUUUCUAAUUUUUAUUGAUUUUAGAACUUCACACCAUAAGGCAGAAAUUAAGGAAGCGUGCACUAAAACAGGAAAAUGAUUUCUGGAAAUGGAUGAAAUGAAGGGAAAAGUUGUCCUAGAUGGAAGAUUUGGCAAAAUUUUAGUCUGAGGAAGACCCUUGAAAUUCCUUUAUGAUUUUAUUAAGGCAUUUGCUAUAUA